AUGGACACUUCUCCAUCUUUCGACGCCUCUAUACCUCCUAUUUCCCCCGAUGCCAUGAACAUUGAUACCCACGAAGUCCCACCACCUGCUUUGGCUUCUGGACCUGUGAUUCCCGAGUCUGUUGCACCUAUGGGAAUGAGCGACGUCAACAUGCACCAGGAUACUGGGAAUGAAGUCUCACUGGAUCUCGAGCGAGAGUUCCGCAAACUUCUGGAGCUUUCAGAGAAGCAGCUGAUGAACGAUCCCUCAGGCGUCUACAGGGAAUACAUAUCUGUUUUAGAUGGAUACGAGGCGACUGCAGCUUCUCAUCGGUCUGAAUUACACCAUCUAGAGGGUCUUCUAAAUGAUUGGGGGAUGGGGAAAGGAAUUCCCGCAACUUAUGAUAAACUUUCUGCUGACCGAAUGUUAAAGGAGGCCACGCACUCAAUGGGCGAAGCUCGUGAUAAGUUGGAGCAAGCGGAGAAGCAGUACAAGGAGUUCUUGAACAGUGUUCAGGUGGAUUGUCGGUCGUCAGCCCUUAGAGAGGUCUUGCAACUCACUCGAGAUCAAAUGACGACGAAGGGGGUGGGGGUAGUAGAAGCUGGUAAAUGGAAGGGGCUGUUUCACUUGGCAGAGGAUGAGUUGAGGGAAGUCGACGAGCAGGCGUUAUGUGCAUUUCGACUUGGAGUAUCGAACGUGGAGCCACCACCGAAGAAGAAGAUGAAGGGUACACAGAAGGCGAAGAAGGGGAAGGGUGAGAAGGUUGGUAAGGUGGAUGAUGGUGAUAAGAAACCAACAGAGGCUCUUGCCGUACGAGAACGAUGGAUUGAAAUGUCGCCUGAGGAACAGGCGAAGUUGCAAGAUGCUGCCGAGGCUGCAAUUGAUCGCUAUCUCACCAGUGGGACUGCCAUCGAACCAUCCCUAAAGCGCAAGAUCCGUGAGAUUGUUGACCUUGCGCCUCGAGCUGGCACCACCAGUCGAGAACUAAGCCUCUACAUCCUUGAGCGUACGUAUCAAAUUUGCCGUCACCACAGGCGCUACCGCACAGAGGAUAGCUUCGCCAAGCAUGACACAGUUAUAUCGAUCGAGGGGGUUGGAUACAGGAAGGAUUAUACGCGUCGUGCUGCGGAGGGCCAUUUGGAUUGUGGAUGCAGUAUUGAACUUGCGCUCUUCGAUUUUUUUUGGUUCAAAACAUGGUCCAUGGGAUCGUCACACCCCAACGUGACCAUCCACGAGGAUCUGAAGUGUGAUACCAUCCCCCCUCGUUUGCGCAGCUUCUUUGCUGAGGCAUACAAGUUCAUUGGCAUGGUGACACUAGAUGACCUCUUCGCCUUGAAAUGGGGUACAGAGGGAUGCCAUAAUCGUUUAAGGUUAUUACAGAUUGCACGGAUGACUGAAUAUUUGCAACUACAAGGUGUUUCCGUUCCAGGAUUUCAGGGAGAGCAGGAAUAUGAGGUGGAUGCUGGGGUUGUAGCGUAUGCAAUUUUUGUCCUCAGUAAAUUAAAAUUUGUCAAUUCAAAAAUAGAAGGGUAUGGUGGGCACCCACCAUCACGCAUAAAUUUUGACCGAACAGUGAAUAUCCACUGUUAA